AUGGAAAAGGAAAAGAAACAAAGAUCUUUAACAAACUCAACUUUUGUUCGUCCAGAGCAGUUUUAUAUCAGUGGAUUUCAUGACUUUCCACAUGAUACAUAUUUCUACAUUUUCCUGUGUUUUGUUUAUAUAAUGACUGUCUUUGGAAAUGUGGUUCUUCUCCUGAUUAUUUUGCUGGUCAGAUCUCUUCAUACGCCCAAAUACAUGAUUGUGUUCAACCUGGCUCUGACAGACCUGUGCGGCAGCACUGCUCUCAUUCCCAAAGUCUUGGACACUUUUCUGUUUGAAAACAGAUACAUCUCCUAUGAGGCGUGUCUUAGUUACAUGUUUUUUGUGUUGUUUUUCGGCAGUGUUCAGUCCUGGACACUUGUGACAAUGUCUUUUGACAGGUUUGUAGCUAUUUGUUUCCCUUUACACUACCACAAAGUUGUGACUAAAUCAGCUGUUGCUGUAAUGUUGCUAUUUGUUUGGCUUCUAUCUCUAAGUGUAAUAAGCAGCCUGGCUGGCCUUAUCAAUCGUCUCUCUUUUUGCAACUCUCUUGUCAUUCAGAGUUUUUUCUGUGACCAUGGGCCUGUGUUUAGACUUGCCUGUAACAGUUAUUUACUUAACCACUAUGUCGCUAUAUUUGGUGCGUUUAUCAUGUUGUUCUUUCCCUUCUUUCUCAUAGCACUCACUUACUUUUUCAUUGGUCUUGCACUGAAGAGAAUUGCAAAAGGAAAAGAACGUCUAAAAGCUUUAAAAACCUGCACCUCUCAUUUGAUUCUUGUUACUAUUUUUUUUAUACCACUUAUUAGCACAAAUAUAACUGCAUUUGCUACCUACUUUACACCAAACACUCGGAUGAUCAAUUCUACACUCACACACACUAUACCGCCUUUACUUGACCCGAUUAUCUAUACUCUAAAGACAGAGGAGAUGCUCACGAUCAUCAAGCGCCCUUACAAAACAUUUGAAUCAAAUAAGAAAAGAAUAAAACUGUGA